AUGAAAGGUUGGGGUGAUGGGCCUGGCGGGCCCUCGGGCUCGAGCCUGGGCCUCUUAAGGCCCACGUUCACAGAAGCAGCUUCCUCGGCCACGAGGGAUGAGAGAAUCGAGGUGAGCAUCUGGGCAGAGGAAGUCGAGGCCGCCAGCUUGGCGGCCACGGCAGCAGCAGCGGAUCUCUUGCUGUCCUCAUCAGCGGAGGCUGAGAACGGUGAAUGGGUGGUGGCCGGAGGUGGUGGUGGUGGGGACGGGUUUCCGGCCGGCUGGUUGAUUAAUGGUGGGCCAGAGCCUGCAUAUUUCCUGGAGAAAAAAGUGAAAGAUCAACAUCAAUAA